UUGAGGUGAUGUGAAAGCUCGCGGAGCAAGAAGGGAACGACUGCCGCCUCUCCCAACUCCUCAGCCUUGCUCAGUUUUUCGAAUGCGACGGGAAAUGUGUUGGACUUAUUUCGCGCCGUACGUGGUGGCCAACCGGGGGGCCUUCAACGUGACUUUGGUUAUAGCAGCUUCAGGAAAACCCCUCCCUCAAUCACUCGCGUAAAUGUAUCUCUCGAUACAGCGCAUGGUCUGGAAAUCCCCCCUGACCGUAACGCAACACAAUAAACACAGCUCGGCAUCCACCAGGCCUGGCACACACUCACAUUCACACACUCACACACAUUCACACACACGCUCGCUCGCUCACGGCUUGGCUUCCCCUGCUCGGCACGUCCGUGGAAGUGAAACCAGGCAGCGGUGUCGUACUGAACGGAGAUCUCGGCCGGAACGAUGCAUCGGGGCCUCGUCUAUCAUCACGAGCACGAGGAGAGAGUGGUGCCGCUGCGAAGCGUUGCCGUGAAGGCGUUGGUGCAGGGCUUCGUGGCCGACGUGGUGGCCUCCAUGAUCUACCACAACAAGGAGGCCUUCCCCGUCGAGCCCUCCUAUUUUUUCCCGCUCAACGACAACUCGGCGGUGCACGCGUUCUGCGCGCGCGUCGGGGACCGAGAGAUCGUUGCGGCAGUAAAGGAAAAAUCGGAGGCCGUCGAGGAGUACGACGACGCCAUCGCCAAGGGGCACAUGGCGGCCCAGCUGUCGCAGCAGUGCGGCGACGUCUUUCACUGCGUGCUGGGCAAUCUCGGCGCCGGCGAAGAGGCGGAGGUGACGCUCGAGUUUGUGUCGGAGUUGGACGUGGGGCCGGAUGGCGCCGUUCGCUUCUGUCUGCCCACGGUGCUCAACCCCCGCUACUCGCCGCAAGGCUCGAUGAUCACGUGGGAGUACCUGGCGCCCUCGCAGAACGUCCCAUACACGCUCUCCUUCACGCUCACGGCAGAGAACCCUGGAGGAAUCCUCGACGUCUCCUCUCCCAGUGAUCUCUUGGGGCCCGUGGCGUUCACCGAGCCUGGCAAAACCUCAGCCCAGGUGUCUCUGGAAGGAGACUUCAGGUUUGAUCACGACAUUGAGGUCCUGAUUAGCUAUGAGCAGAAGCAUCAACCUUUUGCACUAGUGGAGCCUGGCCUACCAGUGGCAGAGGUCUCAUUCUUGGCGGACACCGUGGCUAUGCUGAACUUCUUCCCGGGUGAUAUGGAGCAGACUGCAGUGCCAACCUCCGAGCAUGGGGAGUUCAUUUUUAUCAUUGACUGCUCAGGCAGUAUGAGAGGUCAGCCUAUCGCAAGUGCCAAGGAAACGUUGAUUCUGCUCAUAAAGAGUCUUCCCAUGGGCUGUUUAUUCAACAUCUACAGAUUUGGCACCCGAUACAUAUCCCUUUUUGGCGAGAGCACGCCGUACAACCAGCAGACAAUUGAGGCCGCUCUGGCACACGUGAAGCGCGCGGACGCCGACAUGGGUGGGACAAAUAUCCUGGAGCCUCUGGCGGACAUCUACAGACAGCCCUGCAAGCCAGAGCACCCCCGCAAGCUCUUCUUGCUGACUGAUGAGAUGGUUAUGAACACCGAAGGUGUUAUACAAAAGGUGAAAAAUCACUCCAUGGACCACAGGUGCUUUGCGUUUGGGAUUGGACAAGGUGUAUCCACACAGCUCAUUAAGGAGGUAGCACGCGUUGGAAACGGCCUGUCAGAGUUUGUCACAAGCUCCGACCAGCUUCAGGCAAAGGUGUUGAGGAUGCUCAAGUGCGCAAUGCAGCCAUUGCUGGGCAACCCCCAGCUGGAAUGGUCUCUCCCGCCUGGCGUCACUGUCACCGUGGUGCCCACGCUUCCCAGAAGCAUUUUCAUGGGACAGAAGAUGAUUGUCUACGCGCAGUUCACAGGGACGCCCCCAGCAGCUCCGUGGCAGGGAGAAGCUCUCCUCAAGUACUCGCUGUGCGGGAAGCCGGCUGAGAACCGCAUCGUGUUCACCUGCGAGCCUGAUGACCGCAAGGAUCAGCUCGUGCUGCACCGGCUGAUGGCCAAGGCGCUCACCCGCCACCCGAGGGCAGCCGGCGGUCCCAGCGACGACGCGAGGCAGAGCGCCGUGGCGCUGAGCAUUGAGGCCGGAAUCGUGUCGCCCUACACCGCCUUUGUGGCUGUGGACAAUUCACCCCGACCACCCAUCGCCGACCCCAUGCAGGCCCGUCCCGUGCCACUGCCCUAUCCUAGGAGCGCCAUGGUCUACCACGCUACCAGGGAUUUCAUGCCGGUUGACUUCUCUCAUCAUAGACAUGGGCCUUGGAUGGACUUUUUGGACAAGAGUCUGUGGUACAAUGCCAGAGUUACCAGCCCAGAUGCAGACUGUGACUCAGCGUCCUGCUCACAGACUUCAUCUUCAACUUCAGAACCCUCCAGCAUGACGUCACGACAGGCCUCACCUGGUUCAGAGCUCUGCUUGAAACGUCGUAAAUCCUGCAUGCCAAGAAUAUCCAGUCUGUCCCUUGAAAAAAGAUACAGAACAGGAUCCCAGGAAAUGUCACCGACCUCUCCCAGUUGGUGCAGUAUAACAAGGCCUGCCUGCACUCAGAUGGAUCAACUAGUUUAUUUGCAGCAGGCAGACGGAUCGUGGAAGAGCUUGGAGCAGCUGGCGGCCGUGGUCCAAAUGCCAUUGGAAAACCUUCAGAGCGAGGCGCCAAAGGGCAUGGCGAGCGAGGUGUGGGCCACGGUGCUGGCGCUCGUUUGGCUGCAGUCUGAGGCUGCCGAGCAGAAACUCAAGUGGGAUCUGCUCGCCAGGAAAGCCUCGCUGUGGCUCAGCCAGCAAGGGAUCGACAAAAGCGUCGCCGUCGAAGCUGCCAACAGAGUUCUCGGUUCGACUGUCAAGUCCUCUGACAUUUAACGGCUAAGCAUUGCACAUCGAAGUGAUUUACAAAUUACAUGCCAGCCUUCAUGAGCAUGGGCACACGCACGUAAAGUAAGAUCUGGUUACUGUGUGCUCUGCUUCGUUUGCUAAACUACAUAUUUUGUCUAUUUUCAAGUUAACUGAAAUAAAAACUUUCAAACGGGAUCUCAACUGAUUAAAUAGAGGAUUUUGCAUGCGAGGAUCCACCCUGCUGUUAAUUUUUUUCAUGCCAAUGAUACACUUCUGCAAUAAUACCCGAUGUCUUCUGGUUUGCAUUGGGGUCUGUUAUUUUUAGCGUGUCCUCGAAAUAACGUGAGCUGAAAUACCGCGUGCCACAAAAUUGGAUUUUUCAGGGGAUCCCAAUCAUUUUAAAAUGGCACCCCCAAUAUUUGAAGGGGGAACAGUGAGCCAAUUAAUGCUGAUUUGUUAUCUGCAUCUCCACGCUGAUCAGAAACAUAUCACGUUCCAAAGAGCCCCAGUUCAGUAAUCGACUAUGAAGUAACUCCUGUAGCAGUUGGUUGUGAGUUCCAGAAUUGGAUUGUGAUUUUCAAUUCUUUAAGGGCUGGGGUUUUUUUUUAAUAUAACUUUUUAGACGCAUACAAUAUAAAACGCUACAUAUAAAUAACAUUACGAGCUGCAAAUGACCCAAAUGUGGUCUUUCAUACGGCAGCCAAAUUUAUCCCAUCAGUGGGGUUUUAACAAAAUGAAUGAGCCCUACAAUUUGUGGAUACACUGUACGCGUUGGCAUUUCUAUUUGUGCAAUACGGCCAUUGCAGUUACUUUUGAGUUACAGUUCAAAGUGAUCACCCGCAUAAAGUGUGAAAAUGUUUGGGAAUUGUAGUACAAGUUUACUGCUGCUGUUGUUGUUGUCUAGAAUGCAUAGUUUUACUCCUGCACAUCAGUGGGCCACGUUCACACCUCGGUGAAUGUUCCUCUUCAUCUGAUUUUUGGUUAAGACGUGCCAGGGCGAUGAGUUUAGUUUGCUUCACAUCAAUAUAUGAAUAUGGCCCUCCUCAGGGCAUCGUUCUGUUUGGUCUUCGUUUCGACUGUAAUUGCUGUCCAUGAAACUUAACUUCAUGAAUAAAAAAAAAUCUACAUUCAGUUA